AUGACGACUCAGCUACUGGCCAACGAGUUGGCGAACCUGAUCCAGGAGAGCAAGAGGAAACAUAACGACUUGAGACAGGCAGCUGAAAAGUCUCUAGAAGAGCUCAAACAUCUGGGCAAUGUGUCCGAGCAGGCAGCCCCCGAAUUAAUCUCCCAAAUUCCAAACUUCGUCAACCCUUUCAUCAUAGCAUGCGGUACCAAAAAUGCAAAAUUCACGGGCAUCGCCAUCGUUUGCCUCCAACGCCUCAUCGUCGCCCGUGCCUUGCCAAGAGCCAAGCUCAGUCAAGUGCUAGAGGCGUUGAUGCAGGCAGCAUCGGCCGGUUUGGACGUGCAGCUCAAAAUUCUACAGGCUUUGCCAUCGCUACUGCAGAACUACUCGUCAGACUUGCAGGGAGAUUUGUUGGUGACGACACUGAACGUCUGCUUCACGUUGCAAAGCAGCAAGAAUGCAAUUGUCAACAACACAAGCGCCGCUACAUUGCAGCAACUGGUUGUCUCCGUCUUUGACAAAGUUGUUUCAGAAGAUAAGAACGGCCCGGUCAGUUCCGUAGCUGGAGAGGCACCUUCUGCAGAUGGACCGGUUCAGCUUGGAGCAGCUGCCCUGGAUGCAUACAGGAUAUUCAACGACUUGUGCCUCAUGACGGAAAACCAACGACCUGAAUUCCUUAGAUUUUCGAAUUUGCCCCAAACGUUCGGCUUGGAACUCAUAGAAUCAGUCAUAACGAACCACGCCUCCGUAUUCACCACGCAUCAUGAACAAGCUCAGAUCCUCCGUGCUACCGUUUUGCCACUUAUUGUGAGCGCCCUGAAAGACGAACCCUCGUUUGCCACAACCGUAAGACUUGUGCGUAUUUUGUACACGGUGCUUCGACGGCAUAUCGAUAUUCUACCAAAAGAGUGCGGGGAUGCUCUUGACAUCCUCACUCCCCUGCUGGACCAGGACUCAGUGUUGUGGAAGAGAGCGUUGUGCAUGGAGGUCUUUAGGGGCAUUUUCGGUGACUAUGCGUUGGUUCGGAGGAUUUAUUCGCUCUUUGAUGCCCAGAAAGGCGAGAAAGAUGUCAUAAAAUCGUUGGCGGCAACCUUUGUUCGCCUUAGUACUGAGAAACCGACCGUGAUUGGGCUCGGCCAUCAGUCGACCGUGCCCAUGAGCUUCUCGUCCAGCGGUUCUGGUACGUCAACCGAUACGGCAAUUCUCGAAGCGGGCAUGAGUGGCAUCAUCAGCGGCGCAAUGGGCUCCGAGGCUUCUCAAACCGGCAUCAGCAUGCAGUGGAGCUCCAUUCGCGUGCCCUGCAUUGAUCAACUCGACAAGACUGAUCCGCCGCCUAUCCCUGAAUCCUACGUUUACAGUUUAGUUCUGUCUUGUCUAUCGUCACUCUCCGAUGGCCUGGCGAAAUUCAUUUUGCCGUUGACAGUCCCGAGUGAAAGCCGCAAUCGCCGCAAAGAUGCCAAGUGGGAAAAUGGCCAGGGAGCUUCAGCAUCUGCAGGAAAGAAGCAAGGCAGUCUGGAACGAUCUGCUUCUUUUAAGAAGAACCCAGCUCCUGUAAACCCACUCCAGCUGCACGAUCACUCCAUGUACGAAGACGUCAAGAUAUGUGCGGCCAUUGUCGAUGACUGCUGGCCUGCCAUUCUUGCCACUUUUUCGACGUUCUUAUAUGCCGCGUUAGAUUCAGAGUAUUACCAUAAUUUGGUCCGAGCUUUCCAAAGAUUCGCGCACGUAUCGGGUCUUUUGCAACUCGCUACCCCCAGAGAUGCCUUCUUGACGACCCUUGGCAAAUCGGCGGUGCCUCCUAACCUUCUCACGGCUUGCCUCAACUCUGGACAGGCCCGUCCAACAACGCCAAGUACACCAUCCGACGCCGCAAACACACUCUUCAAUAAUGCUCGUGGUCUAUUGAGUGCGGAGGCGCUGACUCCAGCUUCCCCUUCGACCGAGAAGCAAUGGCACGCUUCUUCGUUUGACGCCGGUGCUGGGAACUUGAACACGCGGAACCUUUUAUGCUUGCGGGCGCUUCUCAACCUCGGAAUCGCAUUAGGCCCGACCUUAGGCCCGGCCUGGGGCAUCAUCUUUGAGACUCUUCAGCAGGCAGACUUCGUCUUAUUCGCUACAGGCAGCAUGCCAGGUCGAACCCCGUCCAUCAGUCGUGGUGUCGAACAAGCAAGCGAUGCCGAUGCGUUGAUGCACAACUUCAGCCACGAGAUAAAGUCAGUGGAGACUGCUGCCACUAGGUUGAUUGGAAGCACAGUCGACUUUCCCAACGAACCAUUCAUUGAAGUUGUCCAGGCGAUAUGUACCCUUCUCAACGGAUCAGGCCCGGAGAAGUCAGAGGCAACGGAUUCAACCUCUCCGACGACUGCCGAGCAGCAAAGACCGUCGAGUCACGGUCACCGUCGUGUCUUGAGCUUCUCAGCCACUGCGCCUACAUCUGCAAGCCAGGAGUCUCUAUUCGCGCUGGCCAAACUGGGCGAAGUUGCCACGGUAAACCUGGAGAGAUUGCUCAUGGACGCGCCGGAAAGAUCUGGGUGGAACAUUCUCAUGCAGGGAAUCGUGGAUACCGUUGCUUCCCCAAUAUUAGGUGCGCCGGUCAGAAUCAGAGCGGCAGAGACGUUGUCGAAGCUUGCUUUGAAGGCAGCAACAGUGACACCUUCGAUGGCCGGUGCAGAAAUAGGAGCAGUCCAACUUCGCUUGCUGUCAGCGUUGCGGGAUGCCGUUGCAACCCUCAACAAGUCAGCGCGAGCCGCAUCGAUUUCUAGCUUCGCAACUGACAUUGAUGUUCACCGAAUUCUUCUCGAGGGCCUCAGAAGCAUAAUCGAGGGUUGUGGUCAAAGCCUUGUCAGCGGCUGGGACAUCACCUUUGACAUAAUUGGCAGCGGAUUUAUCACCCCGACUGUCACUCAGGAGCACCGAAAGGACGUUGGAAGUGGCUUACUUUCCACGCGUUCUCCGAAGCUGACUCGCUCUGCAUUUGGAUCCCUGCAACUUGUUUGUUCCGACUUUUUGUCGUCCCUCCCAAACUCUUGUUUUCUUAUACUGGUUGAAACUCUGUACAAGUUUUGCUCUCAGGAUGACGACCUCAAUAUCGCACUUACGACUGUCACCUUUUUCUGGAUCUUGUCCGACUUUCUAUCCGCCAAGGCAAAUACGUUGGAGAUUACCGCAAAUCUUGCGGGCGCGGCUGGCGGAUUUGAGCUGGAGAAGAAGGCAGCCGAUCGUACCCAUAAGGAAUCCGACGCGGCGCUGUGGAUGCUACUCCUUCUACGACUAGCGGCAGUAACGUCGGAUGAGAGACUGGACUUGCGGAACUCGGCCAUACAAACCCUUUUACGAAUAUUUGACGCGUACGGUGACCGCUUAAGCCCAGAGGCUUGGUCAACAUGCGUCAAAUCGGUCAUUUUCAAACUAUUUGCGUCUCUUGAGAAAGAGCUCCAAGCUGCCGCAGAUGACGAGGUCGACGAGCGAGACCGAGCGGAUUGGCACGGUACUGCCGUUGUGAUGAUAGGCGGUAUCGCAAGGUUACUUGCCAAUCACAUCGACAGUCUCACCUCCUUUGCCGACUUCAACCACCUAUGGCGCGAGCUGCUAGGACACUUUGAAACUUUGCUUGACUUGGAGGUUGCCGAGAUUAACACGGCUGUGUUUCAGGCAUUGAGCCACGUCCUCUCACAGGACAAGGACAGUAGGGAGCCACUAUUCAACAAAACCACAAUCGGGGCUGCUUGGGAACUGUGGGCGAGAGGGGUUCCCACCUCGAAGCCAAGAGACGAUGACAAUCAAAAGUGCCUGGUAGCAUAUGUUGCUGCUCUGAGAGCAAUCUACAAGCUCAUGCAAGCUGAUCUCACCGCUGAUACCGUCGAACGCAUGUUGGCUCUGCUGCGUCAAACCACGGAAGAGGCAUCCGUCGGUUCGUACGUCCAGGACACAGAACAUGCUACAGCUCUACAGACUCAGAUAUUGGCAGCUGUGGAAAUGGUCAGGACAGAUGUAGACGGCGUCCCGUCGGCCUUGAUUGCUCGCGUUUCAGAGUUGAUCGCGCUGGCAUAUGAUCGGGACCUUUUCACGUCAGGAUCCAAACGCACCUUUGUGGCCAUGUCCAAAGCGAGCAUGAGACUUGUGGAAACUCUAAUUCUUCAUCAUGCAUCCGACAAGGGCAUCUACAGCAGUGGGGCCUUUUCAAAGGCAAUAUCGGCUCUCCGGAUGCCAAUCGAUCUGAAGUACGGCUACCCCAUAAUUACCAAAUCAGUACAGCCCUGGAAAGUGGCAACGUCGUCGGUCCUCUCUAUUUUGAAGGCUACCCUUCCACAUAUCGGUUCCGUAGAGAUGCCUCGACCAACCGUGCAGGAUAUUUGGAUGAGUGUGGUUGCCUUGGCAGACGGCAUCCUCAGUGCAGAGUGCGAUGAUGACGCCGCUCCCGCGGGAGUGGUGAUGGAAGAAGAUGAACGUUUCGACAUGUCGUCGUUCCGCGAGCUGCGAGACCUGCUCAUUCCCUCCCUGGGGGCAGAAUGCGUCCCCAAACAGGCGCGAAAGGCCUAUGCUCAAAGCCUCUUUAAGAACUCUGUCAUCCACGAUUUCUCACCGGCGGAGAGUGACAUGUCUGCCAGAGUGGGUGAGCUCAGCCUAUCCUCGUUGUACACGCCGCGACGGGGUCGCACGGUUGCCGUGCUUCCCACACGGCGCAGGGCCGUGGCUUAUGCUGCCUUCGAGGAGCUGUUCUCCUUGGUGUCUGCAAACCAAGAGCACGAGGACAGACAACCCACGUCAAAAGGCGGUCGAUCAAGGUCAAAGGACGAGCAAUCGGGCCAGGACGCGAUUGCUCUUCUCAACCGUAUCGCCAGCACCGCAGCCCCUUUCCUGAUGAUUCGGUGUGCGCUCCCCCUCGGAGCUUACGUCGCCGAUCAGCCGUUGCGAGGGCGGAUGCCUCAGCCUCUGAGCCAGCGCAAGGAGCUGAUUUGGACGCUGACGAGGCUGGUGCGACUGGAAAGUCGUGGGGAAGCCAUUCCAUCCCUGGACAAGGCUGGGGGCGAGCGCAAGAAGCAUCUGUUGCGGCUGUACCCGUUGCUGGUGAAGGCAGUGGGCGUGGGCGUGGGUGUGGGCGGGGACGAGGUGGUGUCGAGAUUGCUUGGGGAAGCCUUGGAAGCCAUUGGAGGAGAGCUGGGGAUUGUGUGA